AUGAAGGACACCAGUGUCAAUGCCAGGCACGGAUUCACAUUCACACACAAGAUUGUCAAGUGGAUCCCAAGGUCCUGUGGGAUCUCUUUCACAAUUCAUUUACCCCUCAAUCCUGAACCUUUUCUCAAUGAACUGACAGGAAAACCAGUGAUGGUGAAACUCAAGUGGGGAAUGGAACAUAAGGGCUACCUGGUCUCUGUAGAUGGCCACGUGAACAUGCAGCUUGCAAUUAUAGAAUGCAUAGAUGGUGCAUUGUCUGGACAUCUGGGUGAAGUUCUAAUAAGGUGUAAUCAUGUCCUUUAUAUCCGAGGCAUUGAGGAGGAGGAAGAUGGGGAAAUGAGAGAAUAG